CAAUUUAAAAAAGAAGGAAAAUGGCUGGUGCUUUAGAGAACGCCCGUAAAGAAAUCAAGCGUCUUUCUUUAGAUGCUGAAGAAUCCCAAUAUGGUCAAAUCUUUUCAGUUUCAGGUCCGGUUGUGGUCGCUGAAAAUAUGAUUGGUAGUGCUAUGUACGAGUUAGUCAAGGUUGGUCAUGACACCUUGGUUGGUGAAAUCAUUCGUAUUAACGGUGAUAAGGCUACCAUUCAAGUUUAUGAAGAAACCGCCGGGGUUACUGUUGGUGAUCCAGUUUUAAGAACUGGUAAACCAUUAUCAGUUGAAUUAGGUCCUGGUUUAAUGGAAACCAUUUAUGAUGGUAUUCAAAGACCUUUGAAAUCCAUUAAAGAUUUAUCCCAAUCCAUUUAUAUUCCAAGAGGUAUCGAUGCCCCUGCUUUAUCUAGAGAUGUUCAUUAUGAUUUCACUCCAGGUAAAUUAAAAGUUGGUGAUCAUAUCACUGGUGGUGAUAUCUUUGGUUCUGUUUUUGAAAAUUCUUUAUUAGAUGAUCAUAAAAUCUUACUACCCCCAAGAGCUAGAGGUACCAUUACCUCCAUUGCUGAUUCUGGUUCUUAUAACGUUGAAGAACCUGUUUUAGAGCUUGAAUUUGAUGGUAAAAAACAAAAAUACUCCAUGAUGCAUACUUGGCCAGUUAGAGUUCCAAGACCAGUUGCUGAAAAACUUGCCGCUGAUUAUCCUUUAUUAACUGGUCAAAGAGUCUUGGACGCUUUAUUUCCUUGUGUUCAAGGUGGUACCACUUGUAUUCCUGGUGCUUUUGGUUGUGGUAAGACUGUUAUUUCUCAAUCUUUAUCUAAAUUCUCUAACUCUGAUACCAUUAUCUAUGUUGGUUGUUUCGCAAAGGGUACCAAGGUCUUGAUGGCUGAUGGUACCGAUAAGGUCAUUGAAAACAUUACUGUUGGUGAAAAUGUUAUGGGUAAAGAUGGUAACGCUAGGGAAGUUGUUGCUCUUCCAAGAGGUACUGAAACUAUGUACGAAGUUAAACAAGAAACCCAACAUAAACAUGAAGACCACGCUUCUGUUGGCUACACAUGUAACGCUAAGCAUAUUUUAGUGUUGAAAACUAAACAGCACGUAAAAAUGACAGAUGACAUUGUGGGAGGUAAGGCUCAAACUUCAGUAGUUUACUUUGCAAUGGAAACUGUGAUUACUGAAGAUAAGCGUGAGUUUAGAUUGGUGAAAGAAAAAACCCGUUCCUUUCAACACAGUACUUGGGGUGGCAAGGAAAACGCGCACGCAGAAGCUGAGAAGUUCAUGUCUACAAUUCCUCGUGAUGACAUUGACUGGACUCUUGAAGUUCGUGACUUAGAAAGACUUAACGUGCAUGCACGUAAGGCAACUCAACAACUUAUUUCCCCUGUGUUACAUGAAAAUGAUAUAUUUGCUGAAAACAUGAAGGCCAUCGGUGCAGACGCUUCUGUCCGUGACCAGCUUUCUUAUUUGCUCGGUCUUUGGGUCGGUGAUGGUUAUUCUGACCGUUCUAGCUUCUCAAUUGAUCCUGCUGAUGUGGACCUUAUUGAACGUAUUAGUCAAUAUGCAUCCGAUUUAGACUUAGUAAGCGAUGCUGAUCCAUAUAAGCGUGCACGUAAUGAGGUUGUUGAAGAAGCCAAUGUUGAAGAUCCUGAAUUUGCAGACCAAGAAGAUAGAGCUGAAGCUUCCGCCUCUUUUGAUGACGAAGAAGUUACUCUCGUUGGUGAAGACAUCUCGCAAGAGAAAACCCACAAAGGUGGUGAUAUUACUGUAAAUGUUCGCGCUCCAGUAACUCGUGGAAACACUGGAAAUGCUCUUUGGGAAGCAGUAAAGACCUUUGGUGUUAAGGGUGAAAAGUGUAAAGCUGUACCAUACUCUUUAGCCUCAGCUCCUUUCACUGUUCGUGAAAAUUUCCUUGCCGGUAUUAUUGACUCCGAUGGCCAUGUCAAGCGUGAUGAUGUUUCUGCUACCGUAAAAACCAUUUAUCCAGAAGUUAGGGAUGGAUUGACCAGACUUGCUCGUUCUCUUGGUAUCCGUGUAUCAGUGAAUAAAGAGAUAGCUUCGGUAUAUAAGGGUGUUUCACACGAAGAAAGCUAUGCAGUUUAUAUGUCUGGUGGUGAUGUUUUGAAAUCUGUACUCAGCAAAUGUUCUCUCGACCGCAAAAGAUUUGAAGCUCCCGCCACUUUUACUCGCUCCGCCCAAGCUUUCAACUUUACUGUCAAAGAACUUCCAAGAGCUGACUAUUAUGGUAUCUCUCUUCCAAGUGAGUCUGACCAUCAAUUCUUGUUGUCUAACUUGGCUCUUGUUCAUAAUUGUGGUGAAAGAGGUAAUGAAAUGGCGGAAGUUUUAAUGGAAUUCCCAGAAUUACAUACUGAAAUUUCUGGUAGAAAAGAACCAAUUAUGAAACGUACUACUUUAGUUGCCAACACCUCUAAUAUGCCUGUCGCUGCUAGAGAAGCCUCAAUUUAUACUGGUAUUACUAUUGCUGAAUAUUUCAGAGAUCAAGGUAAGAAUGUUUCUAUGAUUGCUGAUUCAUCCUCUCGUUGGGCCGAAGCUUUAAGAGAACUUUCUGGUAGAUUGGGUGAAAUGCCUGCUGAUCAAGGUUUCCCAGCAUACUUGGGUGCCAAAUUGGCUUCUUUCUAUGAACGUGCCGGUAAAGCUGUUGCUUUAGGUUCUCCAGACAGACUUGGUUCGGUUUCCAUUGUUGCUGCUGUUUCUCCAGCUGGUGGUGAUUUCUCAGAUCCUGUUACUACCUCCACCUUAGGUAUUACUCAAGUUUUCUGGGGUUUGGAUAAAAAAUUGGCCCAAAGAAAGCAUUUCCCAUCUAUUAACACUAGUGUUUCCUAUUCUAAAUAUACCAAUGUUUUAGAUAAGUAUUACGAUGCCAACUACCCUGAAUUCCCAGCUUUAAGAACUAAGAUUAGAGAGAUUUUAUCUAAUGCUGAAGAAUUAGAACAAGUUGUUCAAUUAGUUGGUAAAUCAGCCUUAUCUGACGCCGAUAAGAUUACUUUAGAUGUUGCAAACUUGAUUAAAGAAGAUUUCUUACAACAAAAUGGUUACUCUACCUACGAUCAAUUCUGUCCAAUUUGGAAAACUUUUGAUAUGAUGAGAUCUUUCAUUUCUUAUUAUGAUGAAGCUCAAAAAGCCGUUGCUAAUGGUGCUCAAUGGUCUAAGUUAUCUGAAGCUACCUCUGAUGUUAAGCAUUCCGUUUCAUCAAGUAAAUUUUUCGAGCCAUCAAGAGGUGAAGAUGAAGCUAAGAAAGAGUUUGGUGAUUUAUUGACCAGCAUUUCUGAAAGAUUUGCCGAAGCUUCUGAGUAAGCAAAUUAGAACACUGUCUUGUUUUUCUUAUUUACUUCGUACGUCACUAUUCAAGUUGCCUUUUAUAUUAGUUUCAAGUUUCCCUUCUGACCUUUUUGUUUAAUUCUUUUCCACUUUAUACAAUUGCUUUUGAAUUCAUCAUUUCAAGAGUUUUGAAAAAUG